UCUGUUUUUCAUUUCCUAGCAGCCAAUCAACUUAAAAACAUGAAGGAGAAAAACCAGAAUAUAAUCAUAAUGCAUGCCUUGAAGAGUUUCCAAACAUGAAUUCAAAAUAACAAGCCCUUCAUUGAACUCAGGAGAUGUUUCACAAAGCAGAAGAAUUCCUAUUCAAGACGACAGAGAGCGAGAUGGACGACAUGGACACAUCCGAGACGCAGUGGGGCUGGUUUUACUUGGCAGAGUGUGGGAAGUGGCACAUGUUCCAGCCGGAUACCAACAUUCAGUGUUCAGUUAGCAGUGAAGAUAUCGAAAAAAGCUUCAAAACAAACCCUUGUGGCUCCAUUUCUUUUACUACUUCCAAAUUCAGCUACAAGAUAGACUUUGCAGAAAUGAAGCAAAUGAAUCUCACCACAGGGAAACAGCGCCUCAUAAAACGAGCGCCCUUUUCUAUCAGUGCUUUCAGUUAUAUCUGUGAAAAUGAGGCUAUCCCGAUGCCACCGCACUGGGAGAAUGUGAAUACUGAAGUACCGUACCAGCUUAUUCCUUUGCACAAUCAAACACAUGAAUAUAAUGAAGUUGCUAGUCUCUUUGGAAAAACAAUGGAUCGCAAUCGAAUUAAAAGAAUUCAGAGAAUUCAAAACCUUGACUUGUGGGAGUUCUUUUGCAGGAAAAAGGCUCAGCUCAAGAAAAAAAGAGGUGUGCCUCAGAUUAAUGAACAAAUGCUGUUUCACGGCACCAGCAGUGAAUUUGUGGAAGCGAUUUGCAUUCAUAACUUUGAUUGGAGGAUUAAUGGCAUCCAUGGUGCUCUCUUUGGAAAAGGAACCUAUUUUGCUAGAGAUGCUGCUUACUCCAGCCGCUUCUGCAAAGAUGACAUGAAGCAUGGGAACACAUUCCAAAUUCACGGUGUCAGCUUGCAACAGCGGCAUCUCUUUAGAACACACAAAUCUAUGUUUCUUGCCCGAGUGCUAAUUGGAGAUUACAUAAACGGAGACUCCAAAUACAUGCGACCUCCUUCCAAAGACGGGAGUUAUGUGAAUUUAUAUGACAGCUGUGUGGAUGACACGUGGAAUCCAAAGAUCUUUGUGGUGUUUGAUGCCAAUCAAAUCUAUCCUGAGUACUUGAUAGACUUUCAUUGAUUUCACUUCCGAAUCUCAGUGGUCAAAGACGUUUUAUUCUUUUUUGCAGAGAGAUUUGCCCUCCUGUCACCUAGCCACUAAAUGUUAAUUAUCUGAUACUUUGAAACAGAUAUGAGCAAAAAGUGGCCUUCAUAUAAAAAGACAUACUGACUUAA